UGGCAACUGCUUACCUCGAUUUCCUGUGAAUGACCAGCAAGGGGGCAAGAUGGGGAAUGCCAUGCGAGGUGUUCUUGCCUUCAUUCCGUCAGAACGCUGUCAACGCUUCUUAGUGGGGGAUCUGAAGGAGAUGCCACUUGAUCGGACUCUGGACCUGAGUAGCCGUCAGUUGCGGCAGUUACCUGUUGCUGCUUGUGUGUUUGACGAGCUGGUGAAGCUCUAUCUGAGCGACAACAACCUCAGCAGCUUGCCUAAUGAACUGCGCCAACUGAGAAAGCUUCAGCUCCUGGCCCUUGACUUUAACUGCUUCGAAGAGCUACCCGCAGUUGUCUGCAGACUACCUCAUCUUAGCAUCCUUUACUUGGGUAACAACCGACUCUACCACCUCCCCAACGAACUCCAGGAGCUCAAGGAACUUAACACCCUCUGGCUGGAGACAAAUUGCUUUACAGUCUUCCCAAACGUGGUUUGUGAGCUUCCCAAUCUCAAGACCCUGCACCUCGGCUAUAACCAAAUACGCUGCUUACCGUACGAACUUAACAGCCUGGAAGAACUGAGAAGUAUCUGGCUGGCUGGCAACGAGCUGACGGAGUUCCCGCCAGUGUUGUUGGAAAUGCACUUCCUUGCUGUCAUUGAUGUGGAUCGAAACAAAAUCCACAGCUUCCCCACUCUCUCUCAUUUGCAGGGCCUAAAACUUGUAAUAUAUGACCACAAUCCAUGUGUUAAUGCCCCAAUGGUAGCUGAAGGAGUGAGAAGGGUCGGGCGCUGGGCGGACUGUUCUGACGAUGAGCAGGAAGAUGAGGUUUCGAAAGCCAAGGUCAUAGAGAUCGAGCCAGAGAUGGCGCUCAACAUGUAA